AUUGAGCGGACAAAAAUGAGACUAUUGGCGUUCUUUUGCCCUUUGACAUUGGAAGAAAAAAAAAGAAACGCAAAUCUCUAAAACAGGAGCAUGACUGUUCUCAAUGUGCAUCGCAGCUAGACGAGUUACAUUGGAGCCCUGAUCAUAAGAGUAACACCGAAGAUGUCUACUGCUACUGUGGAGAGAGCAAAAGAGAUGACGAACCAAUGCUACCAUGUCAAAAGUGCGGUCAACUUUUUCAUUCGGGUUGUGUCUCCUGUCUUCCAAAACCAUUGCUCAAGGGAGACGAGUUCUUCAAGUUUGAAUGCUCUGUCUGCACACAGGGUCCAGAAUUUUUCGAGAGGGCCGUUCUGAGCUGGGUGAUUUUAGUACAUUUGGUACUUUACAACUUGAUGGACGCACAUCCAGAGCAACAGUAUUUUCGCUGGAAAGAGGAGAUUUGCAAGUUUAUUGAUGAUUAUUGGUCGUAUCUUCUUCCAGAUAAAGAACAAACACCCACAUGGAAUAAUACGGUAGCUAGUGUUUUGUCUGUUCAAAACCAUAUUUUUCAUUCUGGAGUGGAAAUAAAAGGAGCAUCAGGAUGGUGGACACUGAUCGAGAAGGCUCCACCAGAUAGGAAUAGAAAGCUGAAGCCGAAGAACAAAGCCUCUCAGAAGCUUGGAAAUCCUCGGCACACUAGUUUGAAAAGCAAAGAGAAGAGAGUACGGGCGAAAGGCUCCCCAUCAAGAAAGAAGACAAAAUUCGAUGAGACUUCGUCUGAUGAUGACUUCCAUACUUCAGCAAAACCCAGGCCCGAAUCAACUGCGCCAACCACGAGGAUCAAGAGUCGACAAUUCUCAUUGACUUCUGGAUCUUCGCUUUCUUCGGCUGGUGAUACCGACUCAAGCGACGAUGAUCUAUUUUGGAAAUCGGAUGAAGAAAAAGAGGUUCGGCCUGUGGUACAUUUACACGGGAUUCCCGCAUGUAUCCAUCAUCACUUCAAUCCUUCAGGACUUGAUUUUUCCACAGGUCCAAUACAUCUCGAAGAAAUUUUCCGCCUGACGGAUCUCAUUGACGAGAAUUCGUCAGGAAGAUUAAUUAAUAGGGUGAACAGUCUUGGCGCGAUGUCAGUAGGCGGGAAGAAAAAGAGAAGAAAGUCCUCCAUCGCAGAGAUCAAGGCUGAGCCCAUGAAGAGAUUUACAGAUGAACGACAUUUUCCUCAGGACAUAUCUGAUAUAUUGGAUGAAGGCCAGGAUGAGGAUAAUGACUCUACUGAUGCAAGCGAUAUUGACUCGGACGAUGGAUCGAAUUCUGAUAGUAUGCAGAUGACAAGGCAUACAAAUGGAAAGCGUUUCAGUCAUAUAUCGGCUCCAAGGAAGGGCUCAUCAACACAAAGCAACUCCAUUGCACCACCAAUAUCAGGGGGGAAAUAUGGGCGAACAAAAAGUUCGCUGAAAGAUCCUAUAUCGCCGUUCGAUCACCUACGGAAGCCAAAGAAGAAUGUGUCAUUAGCAGACGAUGUCGAUGUAACCUAUGUUUCGCCGCCAAGUGGAGGCAAAAAGUUCUCGCAGGCUCAUAUUGAUGCUAUGACGAAAGCUUUGGUCUCUUCAAAAUCAGGAAUGAAGACUAAAACAAGAGCUAAACCAAAAUCCAAAACCACAUCUUUGAACGAACUUCAUACUUCAAGUACUGAUUCAGGCGCAUUCUCUCAAUCAGUGGCCUCUCUUGAAAACUUAUCGUUGACAGAACCCACAGCCAAAGAUCUAUUAGCUUUAACUCUUCAGCAGGUUCAGCGGCAGCAGGAAUGGCAUGUGCUACAGAUGCUGGAAGACGCUUCAAAAACAAAAGCUUUACCAACGGUAGCCGCUAGAUUCAAGCGCAAGCUGCAUCUUAAACGACUGAAAGCCUUUUUACAUCUGCCUUUAUUUAAUAUCGAAACUUUUAUGCGACAGCAUCUGAUUUCACCAUUCGACUUGAGCCAACUAUCAAAGCAUAUCCCACCGGACCCAUAUGAGCUGCGGAGAUUGCGCGAGGAAGAGUUUCGGGAAAAGAUCCAAAAAAUCAAUCAUACACCUUACGCUAAUUCGUUUGCAUCUCGAUUACUGGGUCAGCCCGUGGAAUGCAAUACUCGGAAGCCAUGGGAGCCCUUAUGGAGAAGUCCUUUUUCUGGCAAAGUUCUCAAAGAUUUUAUUUGGAGGGAUUAUGAAUCUCGAUCGGUAAUGAUGGAUGUUUUGGACGAAAUUAAAGCACGGCAAGGACGGCCUUCAAAAGUUCCGAGAGCGAGUUUGGGUCCCACGAGUCUUAAGGCUGGAGCGAAGCGGAAAAGAGAGGAGGAUUUGGAUCAUGGGUGGAUGGACAUAAAUGAUGAUAUAGGUCACAGCAAAGAAUCAGCGUUUUCUUCACAGACUCGCGCACCAAUUGAUUAUUGCUACUUCAGAAGGGAGCACCUAACUCAAGUCAAUGAGACCCUCUGCCGACGAUUUUGGCCUGGCAUCGACAUGACAGAAGCGCUGCAAUACCCAGAAUACUCAGUUGUUGUUCUUUACAAGCGCCUUGUGGUCGGUUGUGCUUUUAUGACCCCAGAGGGAUAUAUUACAUAUGUUGUUGUAUCAGCAGGUUGGGAAAAGGCAGGCAUUGGGCAGUUUAUGUUGUAUCAUCUCAUGCAAGCCUCCGAAGGCAAAGAUAUCACUCUACAUGUGAGCGCAAACAAUCCGGCGAUGAUCAUGUAUCAGAAAUUCGGGUUUAAGCCGGAGCAAUUCUUGAUUAACUUUUAUAAGGAGUACCUGCCUCAGGACAGCGUAAUGUGUCACAAUGCCUUCUUUGUACGCUUACGGCGGUAACUCAGAAGAACCGCCCUUUCCCUUUUCCGCUGUUUGUUUUCUGUAUUUUAGUUCUUUCAUUCUUCUUAUGAGAUGCCAUAAAUGUACUUCUGCGUGAAUGCGAAUGUGUUUUCGCAUUUAAAGCGAACUUUAGACAAGAGUUAUUUGUAAUAACUUUAAAUUAAUUGUCAGCAAAGCUUGCACGAUUUGUCAUUUCAGCCUAUUUCCUAUUUUGUUAUAUUUAUUCUUGCAUAGAAGCC